UGCGGCAACCAAGACCUGACUUGACUGCUCUCUGGAAAGACCCCGUAUUUCCUCAAAAUGCUAUUUGACGUUGCUUUGCGGUAUAACCCAAGCGCAAAGUGGUUGAAAGUAAACCGGGUUGUCACUGGAUCCGAGCUUGUUCCCAAAUCGGUUGUGUCUCAAGCUAGAAGACUAUGCCCGAGAGCCGAAUUUCAGUCAGGAUAUGGCUGUAGUGAGGGGGCACUGCUUGGUGCGUUUGCCUUCUUCAAGUUGUCUCCAUCCGAGAAGGAGGCCUCGGAUCUAGUUUACAAACUCGAUAAUCAGAGAGUGCGCUGUCUCCUCUUUGAUGAGGAGGGCAACAUUGUCGACCAGAGUAUCUCCAAGAGUGGUGUACUCGUCUUUGCCGUCGACAAGGACCAUCCCAUCAAGAACCACCCCAACUUUGUCAAUGCAAAUCCGAAUGACAAACUCGCACCCUUCGGCUUCCUCGAGGAUGGCUCGCCCCGUGUCUGCACCAUGGACUGGGUCGAGAUGGUUGGCGAAAAAGAGUUCACUGUGGUUGGAAGAUUCGACCAGAAGAUCAAGGUCAACGGCGUCUAUGUCGACCUCAACGCCCUCGAGGAACUGGCCAACGAAAACAUGUCCAAGAUCAUCUCGGACUGUGCCUUCAUCCAAACCACCGAGAAGAAGAUCGUGAUGCUCUUUGUCCGCAGAAGGGGCUCUCAGGUCAACCCCACUCCUGCCGAGCUUCUGCAGCUGACCGAGGACAUGUUUGCGCUGACGAACGUCGCCAAGUUCCCGAUCCACAACUGCUUCGAGCUCGACGAGUUCCCCUUCAACGACUCGGGCAAGCGCGACCUCAAGAAACUCAGGCGCAUCGCCGAGGAUGUCGAUCAGUUCGGCAAGUCGGUCGAGUACCCUCCCCUGAAACUCGCUAACACUCCCCUGUCCCGCGCUGCCGCCAAGAUAUCCACACUUGGCAGCCAGAUCAUCGACAACCCCGCCCUCGACGGCCGCAACUACUACAUCGGCGGCGUCGGCUUUGACUCGCUGAGUGUCGGCCGUCUGGCCCUCGCCAUCAAGGACGAGUUCAAUGUCGAGGUCUCGCCACUGAUCCUCCUGUCGAACGGAAUGACACCGACUGAUGUCGCCCAGCUAGUUGUCGACAUCCUCGACGACAGACCGAUGAUUCCGCCGACAGUUGAUCUGGCUGCCGAGGCCGCCAAGCUCGACGAUGCGAGUGUGACGGCCGAGGGUCUUCCUCCGUUUGUCUAUCCCAAGGACCCUCGCGGCAUCGUCCUGACCGGUGCCACUGGCUUCCUCGGUGCCUUCCUGGUCUUUGAGCUGGCACACAAGUUCCCUCGGGCCAAGAUCUACUGCCUGGUCCGAGCCCCGACCGAGCAGGUGGCUGUCGAGCGCAUCAUCAGCACGGCUCAGAAGUUGGUCCUCGAUCCUAGCCAGAGAGCCUUCCUUGACCACAACCUCAAGUCUCGACUCGUUGGACUGUGCGGCAACCUGUCGCAGGACAAGUGGGGACUCUCGGACGAGCGAUGGAAGGAGAUCAGCGAGGAGACCGACAUGAUUGUCCACAACGGCGCCGAGGUCCACUGGCUGUUUGACUAUGACAGACUCAGGGGACCCAACGUCCUCAGUACGGCGACGGCCCUGAGACUGGCAACAACCCACCACCUGAAACCGCUGCACUACAUCUCGACCAUCGGCACGAUCCCGAUGGCCAAGAAGGCAGACAAGCCGCUCGAGGAGAAGAUCUACUCGGCCUGGAACAUCUCUGGCGGGUAUGGCCAGACCAAGUGGGUCUCUGAGCAGCUGGUCAACAAGGCACGAUCGAGGGGAGUGCCGGUGACCAUCAUUCGUCCAGCCGUCAUUGCCGGCGACAGCCAGUACGGAGUGUCCAACUCUGAUGACUACAUCUGGCGAUAUGUCAAGGGAUGCAUCCAACUCGGUGUUGCUCCCUCGCACGCCACUCCCGUCACCCUGACCAUGGAUCCCGUUGACCAUGUUGCCAAGGUGGUUGCCGAGAUUGCCGGCACGGAGGAGUCCCUGUCCAAGUUUGUGUUUCACAUCAGCGACUCGGAGCACAGUGUCAUCUCCGAGACCCGGCUGUUUGAGAUUGUCAGGGACCAUGGCUGGCCGAUCCUGUUCGAGACCCGCGAGCAGUUCAAAGAGGCCUUCCACUCCCACCCCGCCGUCGAGAGCAACGCCCUGUUCCCGCUCAUGCACAUCAUGAUGGACAUGUCCUUCAAGAUCGACAACACCAACACCCGCUCGAUCUACCCGACUUCCUGUCCCUCGCUGGAGGAGGUUGUCGAGAAGUGUCUCAACUAUCUGCACCACGUUCGCUUCUUGGGCGAUCCCCUGGACCCGUCUUCGCCCUUCAAGAUCAAGUAUCCCGAGACCAGCGCGGUCACCCGCACCGGCCGCAACUGACAUACAGAACUCCACCGACGUCGCCAAUUGAUCUGGGCGCCAGUCCCUUCCUUUACUCUCGCGGUUGUAUUCUUCUUGCUUACAUUACUAUUACCUAGUUUCCCAUGCGUAUUUCGAGGUUGCAGUCCUCCGAAUAUUCAAAUAUCAGGUAGCAGAGGGCGUCACGGACCCUGAAAAACUCAAUUUUUCAACUU